UCCUCUCGGAAAGCAGAGGUGGACAUGGCUAUUUUACAGUCGGUGAUAUUACUUGUGAGCGCCCUAUUUGUUGUUAGUGAGGCUUCUUACGCUGUGCAUCAAACAAAAUGUAACAGCAAAGACAGUGAGUGCCUCAAAAACUACUUCCAGGAGGUAGUGUGGGAAGCCGCUAAAAAUGGUUUGCCAGAGGUGGGCAUCCCAAUUCUCGACCCGGCAGAAAUUAAAGACUACCACGUUUCAGUUCCUGGUUGGCUUAGUUUCGAUUUCGAUGGUGUUGGUCAGGGAAUGAAGAGUUGCUUCCUUAACAAAUUCUGGAUGAACUUUGAGAAACGGUAUGCCUCUAUGGAGAUAAUCUGCGAUCUCCAAAUGAAGGGUCACUACAAAUUAUUCUCAAACAGUUCCCUAAUCAGAAAUUUACUAGACGGUGAUACACUUCACGGCGACGGGAACGGUGGAUUGAAAUUCGAGAAAAUGAAGAUGUCAUUUGACUUCCGCUUCAAGGUUGAACAGCGUGGAGGAAACCAUUACCUUAACAUCGACUCCCAGAGCUCGAAAUUCAACGUCGAUAUUCUGCGGGGAGCAAGCUUUACCGCUGACAACCUUUAUUUAGGCGACGUAGAAGCAAGCGCCACUAUCAUGAGGGUGAUGAAUCAACACUGGAAGCUGAUCAUGGACGGAACUGCUCUCCCAUUCAUGUACAAGAUCAAGGGUCUCUUCUACGACUUGACUCAAAAAUACUUUAACAACGUUCCAGUCAAAAAUUAUCUCAAUGAUGACGUGUGGAAGUACGUCGUUACGUAAUUCGGGAGGAUAAUAUAUCGCUGAAGGAUAUUUGGGUUGGUGUAAAACAUGUAGAUCAGAUCUACAGUUUGGGGUGAAUAACAAUAUUUUUUUUAAUUUCGUUAUAGAGGUGAUGCUACGGGUACAGCAAACAUGCGUUUAUAAACAA